ACGUUUGUGGGACCGUAUAUAAGGACCUAGCGGCUCGACCGUCAGGCACAACGCAGCUUGCUCUCAUCGCAAGACAACCCCCAGCAGCAUGAAGUCUACGGCUCUCGUUUGCGGCCUCUUGCUAGUCAACGCCGUUAAAGCUGGCUUCCUCGGUGGAGGUGGAGGUUUUGGAGGUGGCGGAUACGGUGGCGGUGGAUUCGGCGGAGGUGGAUAUGGUGGCGGCGGCCUCGGUGGAGGUUACGGAGGUGGACACCACGGAGGUGGCGGCUACGGAGGAGGCGGCUAUGGAGGCGGUGGCUAUGGUGGCGGUGGCUACGGCGGCGGAGGUCUUGGUGGCGGAGUCGGCCACACGUCCACGUACCUUGUGCGCACCGUGAGCAGAACGCACGGCGGUGGCGGCUACGGUGGAGGUCUCGGCGGCGGGUACGGUGGCGGCCUCGGAGGUUACGGAGGUGGGGGUUACGGCGGCGGAGGCUACGGCGGUGGAGGAUACAGUGGCGGUGGAUAUGGCGGCUACAGUGGUGGCGGAUACAGCGGCGGCCUCGGUGGAUUCGGAGGCGGUGGCUACAGCGGCGGAUCUGGUGGUGCUGCCAAGGUGAUCAUCAUCAAGGGAGGAGGAGGAAGCGGUGGCCUCGGCGGUGGAUACGGUGGAUACGGCGGACUGGGUGGUAUCGGAGGAGCCAGCUAUGGCAGUGGUGGAUAUGGCGGUGGCGGAUACGGCGGCGGUGGAUACGGUGGCGGUGGUCACCAUGGUGGCUGGAACUAAGCGAAAUCAAGAGCAGUUCACGAUUUGACACCCAUUCCGGCCACAACGUUAACCACGUGGUAGUGGUAGCAGAGGCCACCAAUGAAGACGGAGCGGACCAGACCUCCCCGGCACAUCGAACGUGGAUUGGUCAUUGUGUUGUUGUUUUCGUUGUUGUUCGUUAUUGUUGAUUCACCAUGUCAACAGACUGAGUUCCGCCACAUGAAACCUGCAGCUUGCCUCGCAUGAAAAAUAUAGCGGGAGGUCAUUCGGGCUUACUUGUCAUGUGCCAAGAUUAUUUUAGCCUACUCCGCUGAUUUCUUCCACGGCGCUGCUUGUACAGAGAAGUGUGGAUUUAUUAUGAGUUGAAUAAAAUACUGAAAACAAA